GGCCGUUCGAGCGCCAUGGCGGGAGCGGCAGGACCCGGGCCUGGCCACGAGCCCGAGCCGGCCCCGGGGCCCCGGCACCGGGAAUGGCCGGACCGCGCGGGCAGCGGGGCCGGGACACGGCGGGCUGCGAGCGGGGCAUCGGCCGCGGGCCGGAGGAGUCCCGAGAGAGGCGCCGCGGGGAGCCAGGGCUGGCGGAGCGGCAGCAGUGCCCUGUACUUGUCUUCCAGCAGCGAUGAUGAAUUUGAAAUGUUUUUAGCUAAACUGAAAACUCCCAAGUCUGUUCCUAAAAAGGCAGAUAUGAGUUUGAAAGACUUCAUUGAUGACUCGGAUGAUUUCUUCUUGGACUUGAAGGUGAAAAAGAGUGCAACCAAGAGUGCACGGAAAGAUCUUCAGACCCUGAAAAAGCUCAUGACUCCUGGAAAGAGAAACACUUGCUGCCAAGAAUUGCAGUAUCCAGACACUUCAAGUGACACUGAAGAUUCUGUCUUUGUAGAUAGUCCAUGGCAUAACCACCAAAAAGAGGGAGUGAAAGACUUGAGGGAGAGUCAGAAGUGCAUAAAUCUUUCACCUCCACAAAAUCAGAACGAGUCAGUUUUCAAAGGCAGUCCAGAUUUGCUUGUUAGAAGGAAAGAAAGAAGUUGUGAAAAUACAGAAAAUAAAUUGCCAACUGUGGCCCUAGGACGUGGUGCAGGGGUGGAAUCAGAUAGCUCAGAUGAGAGUUUUGGGUCUUUAAUGGAACGGAUAAAGAAGCGAAGUCUGCCCCGCAAACCAGUCUUGAGCACAAGUAAAACUGUCUUCCAGCCAAGCACGACAGAAAACAUCAAGCCACCCUGCAAAGAUGCACAGCCUGUGAAAGGGGAGGGAGUCAAGACACCAAAGCCAAAAUCCAUUUCACUUCAAGAAACACCUUCCAUGGUAACGACUCCAAAGCCAAAGACACCAAAGCCAAAAUCCAUUUCACUUCAAGAAACACCUUCCAUGGUAACAACUCCUGCAAGAAUUCCUGGGAAUGAAUCAGUUAGUUGCUCACAGUCAGCAAAGACAGAGAAAAGGUUCAGGGUAUGUUCAGUGCCUGGUUGUUUCUUGCAAGAUCUUUCAAAUCCAGCCUCCCACUAUGUGAAGUAUUUCAAGAAAAAUAAAGAGGAGCUAGCCCAGAAGCUCUACAGGCUGUUUAAUAGUACUAUCUUUGAGCAGAAGUUACCAGAGGACAUGGUGAUAAUCUGGAAUAAGAAAAUGAGGAAAACAGCGGGGUACUGUGUAACGGGGCAGAGGGGAGGCCCUGAAGGGAAGCGUUACGCUCGCAUUGAGCUCUCUGAGAAAGUCUGUGACUCUGCAGAUCGCCUCCGGGACACGCUGAUCCACGAGGUUUGCCACGCAGCCACCUGGCUCAUCAGCGGCGUGCGGGACGGGCACGGGCGCUUCUGGAGGUUCUAUGCCAACAAAGCAGCUGUAAUUCAUCCAGAGCUGCCAAUGGUGACACGGUGCCACAGCUAUGAGAUCAAUUACAAAUUCACCUAUGAGUGUGGUCGCUGCAAAGCUACGAUCGGGCGGCACUCGCGGUCCCUGGACACGGCGAGGUUCGUCUGCGCCUUCUGCGGGGGGCAGCUGGCCCUCAGGCAGCCCCCAGCCAGGGGGGGCACCCCUGCCAGGACACAGCUCACACCCUUUGCUAAGUAUGUCAAGGAGAACUAUGCACUUGCUAAGAGAGAGCAGCAUGGGCUGAGUCAUGCAGAGGUCAUGAAGAAACUCAGUGCUGAUUUUGCUGUGAAAACCAAGCUGGAAGAUUCUUUCUAAUAUCUCAAUAUACCUCCUUUGUUGGUGCUACUUAAAUUUUGUAUAGAGAGUAGUAAAAGUUCUGAGCAGCACUUA